AUGGCAUCUCAACUGCCAUUCGGCAAAAAUGUAUUUAUUGACAGUCUGCCAGAUCUCGUUCAUGUCCUUCCAGCUUCUGUCCGAGUGGAUCAUAAACGCAUCAACCCCAUGGCAGAGAUCCAAAUAUUCUUGAAAAAGGAUUUGAUGGUCAAUAAACUGAACCACAUCAACCAAUACCUGUGGCUAGCUGGCCAACCGAUGCCGCCCAAACCCCUGAAUUAUCAGCUUGCAAUCUCGCGUGAAAUUGUCGUGGACGAGAGAAUUGACAUGCAUAUGGUCUGGGAGCACCCUCAACGUAUCCAUCUGAAGCCACUCCCACGGUAUCUCUUUGAUCCUCAAUUUUGGGAGUCACAUCUUGUUUGUAAGGGACGCUGUUGUGACUCCACGCCAGGCAACCUGGUGAUCCAAGAGCAAGCGUGUUCGCGAGACCUAAACAAAUGCGCUCUCGGUCUGCUAUCUUCAUACAUGGCUCUUGUGCAGUUUGAAAGUGAUUUCCUAAUUGCACAAAAUUACCAUCUGUUGCCAGAUACUAUCACCUGGGAGAUGUGGCUCAAGCUCAAUCAGCAGUUAUUGAGGAACGAUGCGACCAGCCCCGCGAACAUCAACUCGCGGUAUUUGUUUGGAGAGCUGAGACUGUCGCGAUUGAACAAAAUUUAUGCAAUUCGCUAUGCUAGCGUCUUAAGCGGCUAUCAGUUUACUUACCAAACAUAUGGUGAGCUGUUUUACGACUAUCUUACUCCGCUGACCGCCGCGACCGUCUACGUUGCCCUGGUAUUGACGGCGAUGCAGGUCGGACUGGCGACCGAUCGUUUAGCCUUCAAUCCACCAUUCCAGGAUGCUUCGUAUGGAUUUACAGUAUUUGCGAUCCUCGGACCUUUGAUCGGGAUUCUGUUGGUCGGGAUUAUUGGUGGCUUUGCCUUUACUAAUAAUCUGAUAGUUUCAUGGAAAUUCAAGCGGCAACAAUUUGCCCUGUAUGGACUGUCGCAGAAGCGGAACCAGCUACCUUGA